CUUACGAGGCAGGCGGUUGGAGAGGAGUUGAGACAUGGAGACUAUGAGCAUUCGCAAAGGAAAGAGCAGAGAAGGCGAAGACGAGAGAAGAGAAGAAGAGAGAAGAGAAGAAGAGGAGAUCAUUUCCCCUGGGUGCAGCCCUGAGUUUAAAAAGACCAAGCACCAGGGUGACCUGCAUGGGACCAGCACCCCUAUAGCUGAGAAACCACCACCAGCACAGGAGCUGUGGAGCACCUUAAUUCAUAUGGAUUACAGUGUGCAGACCUUCACAGAAUAUGGAGAUGCUUGCUACAUCUACAACAAAUGCCUGGAAGAAGAUUUCCAAGUGGAACAGAAUUUCCUACAUCAGGAGGAAAUAAGCACAACCUGCUGGACUGAAUUCAUCUCCCUAAUGAUUAAUGUGCACAAGUACUUGGGAUUUGACUUUCAGUCCCUGUGCCUUGGGAUACAAUUUCUGGAGCGUUAUCUAUCCUGCACUCCUAUUGACAAGGACAGCCUGGCGAGAGUUGGAGCGACAUGCCUCUACAUAGCAUGUAAAAUAGUGGAGAAACAAUACCCUACUCCUAGGCAAUUCCUACCACUCUUUGACUACAGAGUCACACCAGAUGAGAUGCGUCAGUUGGAGCGUACUAUCCUCAGGAGACUGCAUUUUCGCCUUGGGAAACCAACCAUCGAUUGCUUUUUGGAGCACUUCUCCCUUUUUAGAGUGACCAGCCUAAAGGAGACUUCACCUGACCAGCUUCAAGCAGCAUCCAAGACCCUAACGGCUGCUAGAGGAAUUACAGCACUGAGCCUGACGCAGCUUCCUCACUUUCAAACUUACAAACCAUCUCUAUUGGCUCUGUGCUGCCUGAAAGCUGCAGACCAACUAUAUUGCAAUAACAACCAUAUCAGUGUGGACCCCAGCGACUACCCAGACCACCUACUUGAGGAGUGUAUGGAGAAGAUCACUGCUCUAGUGACAGCAAAUCCAUUCUUUUUGCAUCACCUGCUGCCAGGAGUUUAUCCAGAGACAUUACAACUGUAUCCACUUCCACCACAAGGCUCAGAACAACAACUGUGAAUAUAAAUUCACCUGGAUCAACCAGAACACCGUAGAGAUGGCAGAGAGAUUCAGCCAUUCUCAGCAAAUCACAGAAUGUAACUAAGAUAAGAGCCUCCUGGACUGCUAGCGUGCCAGAUGUCUUUUGCUGAACAUCAUCUGACGUCUGUACUGACCUUGAGGAAGUCUGCAUAAGAAUGCAUCUGAUAAUGAA